UCAAAUUGCGCUGGGACACCCGGGCACCAUGAAGGUGGUGAGAGAUUCCAAAUUUCGCCAUGUCUUUGGCAAUGCCUCGAAGGAGAAUUUCCAGGACCUGAGGCUCUCCAGUAAACCGCUGGAGACGACAGGCAUCCGGGGCAAUUCCAAAUUCAUCUGUGUACCAUGGGAAGCUGGUGGUGGUGGAACGCUGGCCGUGAUCCCCAGCAACAAAUUUGGACGACUGCCUAGAGAUUUGCCGUUGGUGUCUGGGCACACGGGUGGCAUCAUGGACUUUGAGUUCAGCCCGUUCUCGGACAACCUGCUGAUGAGUGCCAGUGAGGACACCACCUUGAAAUUGUGGCAGAUCCCGGAUGAAGGACUGAAAAGUCACCUGAAGGACCCAGUUCUGACCUUAGAAGGCCAUGGCAAGAAGGUUUCUUUCUGCACCUUCAAUCCCAGUGCUGAGAACAUUCUGGCCUCCACGUCCUUUGACAUGACCUGCAAAAUCUGGAACUUGGCGGAACAGGAAGCGGCCUAUAGCAUCCCGGUCCCAGAUCAGGUGAUGCACGUGAAGUGGAACUAUAGCGGCUCCCUGGUAGCCAUCACCUCCAAGGAUAAGAAACUGCACAUCGUGGACCCGCGGCAGUCCAAGAUUGCGGUGGCCACCAAGAUCUGCGAAGGGCCCAAACCUACCAAGGUGGAGUGGGUGGGCAAUCCAUCGUCCAGCGAUGAGUGCAACACUUUGAUCACCACCGGGAUGACCUCCCAGGCGGAUCGCCAGAUCUGCAUGUGGGACAUCCGCAAGAUGCCGGCGGAUGGCACGGAGGGAGGCAAUUUGACGGUCCUGAACGUGGAUCAGGGGACAGGCGCGCUGUACCCCUUCUUCGACCCGGGCACUCAGAUGCUGUACUUGGCAGGGAAGGGUGACAGCAAUGUGAGAUACUUCGAAGUAGUGAAUGCGGAUCCCUACUUUCACUUCAUUGAAGCUUUCAAGACCACUGUGCCACAGAAGGGCUUCGACUUUCUGCCCAAGAGAUGUGUGGAUGUGGGCGUCCAUGAGAUCAUGAAGGGCUUGAAGCUGGAAAGCACUGCGGUCCAGCCUAUCUCUUUCCGUGUGCCUCGGAAGAGUGAGGCUUUCCAAGACGACAUUUUCCCUGACUGCGUGGCAGGCCUUCCAGCUAUGAACUCUGAUGAUUGGCUUUCUGGGCAAGAUCGGCAGCCCAUUUUGAGCCCCAUGAAACCUGGAAUGCAAAAGGUUCAGGGCAGUGGUGGUGCUGCACCUGCAGUGGUUUCGGUGAAGGACUUGAAGAAGCAGCUUGCAGAAGCACAGGAAAAAAUCAAAGCUCUUGAGGAAGAAAAUGCAGCUUUGAAAGCGGAACUUGCAAAGGCGGCCUAAGGAUAGCUGCCAGUCAGUGACCUUCUGAGUGGGCUGCGUGUGCACAGUGAUCUUCAGUUUCUUCAGUUCACAAAUCUUAGAAGCCACGUGGGAACCUGUGGUACUAUGCCAAUGCUUGGCUCGCAGGCCCAAAACCUGCUGAUUCCAACAUAUUUCGACUUCUCACAGAUUUAGCAACCACAUGAUUCGCUAUAUGUCUUGAUCUUUAUAGAUGUGCUUUUCUUUGUGCCAAGAUGUUUGGAUUUUAGACAGCCCCGCCUUGUUUGCAAGGCAUCGGGUUAGGGCCUGGGAGCCGAGAAAAUCUCUGAAUCCUCAAUCCUCGAUUCAACAGCUGCUAAGGGGUGGCUGCUUCGACUAUCGCACAUUGUGACACGGAAAAUGG